GUGAUGGGAGAAUGGAUUCCCCUGGACACAGUGCUCAGUAUUGCACAUACACUUUUAUGGAGAACAAGUCUAAAGACAUUGUGUCUAUAAUAACAAUGGAUAAAAGAGUCACGGAUAAGAAAUCUACCAACUUAGAGAGAGCUUGUUUCAAAGCUGGAAUCACAUAGCUGUGAGAUAAAGGGGCACAGAUUGCAGAGAUAGUGACUGAUGCUCAUCCACAAAUUGGAGCUGAUAUGAAGAAUAUAUAUCCAGAAAUAAAGCACUCCUUGGAUAUAUGGCAUACUGCUAAGAAUCUUACCAAGAAAAUUGUCAAAGCUGGGCAAGUCAAAGAUUGUAAGAUGCUACUAGAAUGGGCUAAGCAUAUUGCUAACCACUUUUGGUACUGCUGCCAACAGGCUUCCACAGAAAUGGAGUUUCUGGGAAUGUGGGGUGGCUUAUUACACCAUGUUGUAAAUGAACAUGAGUGGAGCUUGACUGUGGACCAGGCUGGAACUGGUCAGUGCCUCCAUGGCCCCUUAACUGAAGAAGCUAGUGGUGAUGGUGAGUGGUUACAGAGAGGUAGCAAGGCACUUGAUGCAUUGCGCAAUAUUGUAUUCGAUAAACGCUUUCUGAAAAAAUACCUUACUACUUAA